ACCGCUUCCAUCUCUUUCUCCACCCCCGUUCUCCACCGUCCCGAAAUAAGAAAAUAUCUCCCGGAUUGGCCCUCCACUCGCCCCUUUCUCUCUCAUCCCGAUCCGCUCGAGAGCCGGCGCCAUGGCCGCCGCCGUUCUCCUCGGCAACCUCGCGCUCCUCGUCGAGGCCAGCUCCCAUCGGACCGCCAUGCCCGACCGCGCCGCCAAAGCCUGGCACCCCGAGGCGGCGGCUUGCCGCGCGGCGAGAAGGGACCCACCCCCAGGCCCCUUGCUCUCCGCCGCCAUCCACGCCAAGAGCUUCCACGACCUACCGGACAUGGCCGGAGAGGCGGCGCGGUUGGCCCUCCGGUGGAGAAGCGCCAAGAACUCCAAGGUGGCCGCCUCCAGCUCAGCCUGGGACGGCGGCGACGGCGGGGGUGAGGAAGAGGACGACUGGGAGGAGGAGCUUCGGAGCCGGCUGAAGGAUUUGGAGGAGAUGAAGGAGCUGGAGAAGAGGGCCGAGGAAUUGCAGAGAUCCGAGGCCGGGGAGGCCACCGGAGACGAGGAGACGGAGGAGGAGAAGAGAGAAAGGGUCCGCCGAGAGCUCGAAAAGGUGGCAAAAGAACAGGCAGAACGGAGGAAGACGGCCAAGCUGAUGUUUGAGUUGGGGCAGAAGGCAUAUGGGAAAGGAAUGUAUUCUCGGGCAAUCGAGUUCCUAGAAGCUGCCCUCACCAUUAUUCCAAGGCCCACACUCUUUGGUGGCGAGAUACAGAUUUGGCUGGCGAUGGCAUAUGAGGCCAACAAUCGCCACAGAGAUUGCAUUGCUUUGUACCAGCAAUUGGAGAAGCAGCAUCCUAGUGUCAGCAUUAGAAAGCAGGCUGCCGAGCUCAGAUACAUCUUGCAAGCACCCAAGCUCAAGAUAUCCAAGGAUGAGAUGGUCACGAUACCAUUGAUUGGAUCGAGCUAUGACAGAUAUGCAGCUACAUGGAGUGAUAAAUACAAGGACCAGGAGCAGAGAAGAAAGAUGGCAACCACAAACCCACCUCCAUCAUCAAGCGACUACUGGGGUGACUUCCUGGGUUGGCGGCCACCAAAAGGGUGGGAAAGUAACCGGGCCUUCUGGGUGAUUGUAACUAUGUGGCUUGUUUUGAUUACAACAGCCCUCCUUCUGCAAAGAUGAAUGUCUUAGAGUCUGGUGGGAUCUCGAUGAAAGAUACCAUUCUUUUUAUAUGAUCAUGCAUUAAGGGAGCCUGUGUGUGAAGGUGUUGAAUGCAGUGCUCUAGUGCCUCUUUUGCAGUGGUAACAUGAGAGCAAGAUCAAUGGACGGUCAUAUUCUUUUCAGGGAUGUAGGUUCAAGUGUUAUAUAUAGAAUGCUUUGUAAAUAAUAACCGAACGAGUGAAUCCGUGUAACUUCGUGAUACAAUAUUAUCUCUUGUUUUGCAUUUCAGCUAUGUAACUGCAUGAAAUGACGGUUUUAUACCACUAAAGCUCUCUUAUAAGCUUGUCAUUGCGAUAUCUUCAAA